CUGAAUGUUACACUGCACGCUAUUUACGCAUUCUUUAAUAGUACUUUCUUCAAAUCUAAACUUGUCACUCGACUCUGACUUUGUCCUCGACACUGCUGGCAUCAUGACAGUGUUUGAAAACUGUACUGUGGUGUUAGAUGUGAAAAAUCUGCCUUUUAAAGAGAAGAAUAAACUGCGACUAGCUCUGCUGGAGAAUGGAGGAAACAUCUCAUAUGGCAUCAACAAAGAGUGCUCUUUUGUAGUCACUAGCAGUGUGAAUGACCUGAGCAGUAACCGGCAGCGCAGCAUCCAGAAGCUCCAGAUCCCAGUGGUCGGGACGCAGUAUGUGUGGAGCUGUCUGGACCAAGGGCAUCUCCUGCCUUUGACGGAGAAUAAUUUGGCCCCACAGCUGCCGUAUCCCGGCUCUGAAUUCCUUCCCCGUUCAGAGGUAAAAGUGUCGACACACAAACUAGAAAAAGAGAAGUUCAAAGGUCACACUCAGCUCCCAAAGACUGAGGUUGAGAUUCUUGAGAAGGGUGGACCCCGUCCCGGCAGGUUCAGAGUUUAUAAAGAAGGUGAUCAUGGCCUGCCUGAAUUUCCUUCUUAUUUUCAAGUAGCCAAGUAUUCGGUUUUUGAGAGGGUCAAACCCAAGGCUUUGUCUGUUUUGGAGCUGCAGAGUGCCAAAGGCCGAGCAGGCCAGCAGUAUCGUGUGUUGUGUUCAGUCUUGCAUGAAGCUGAGACCGCUGUGGUUCAAAACAAACUUGUGUUCUGUGUGACGUCUGAAGAUACUGUGGAAGCAUAUCUGCAGCUGAUGAAGGAGAUGGAGACAGAGAGAUUCACCAAGACACACACACUUCCCCCUGAGGUUGAGCACUUGGCAUCCUACAGCCUGCAGCAGCUGCUGUUGGAGGAGAAGCUGAACUGA